UCUAAUGCUCUACCAUAUAAUGCCUCAUUAAUAUCUCAUAUUUCCCUGCUUAGAAGUUAGAAUAACAAAGCGCAUUUGGCUAUAAAAAUUCCCAGAAUCUUAUUUCUUUUCUAAAUCCUCUCUUUGUGACCACAAAUCUCGCUGCAGGAUUUCAAUACCAUUAAUUCUGCUGAAAAUUCUCAUCAUGCAUCAUUCGUCUACUUUAACCCAAGAUUCGACUCCAAGUUUCCAUUUUGUUCCUCAAUUUAGUCGCUUUGCUUUCAAUUCGGGACUCUUGAACGAUAACCCAGAUUGUUAUUCGUCUUCUAAGUCCAAUUUGUUGUACUAUGACACGUUCAAGUCUUCGAUUGGUCUAAAACAGAAACGCAAAGCUGUUUCUGCUUCGUUGAUUUUGGGUUGUAAAGCGAGCGGUUCUUCGAGUAUCGGUAGAAUUGUUAACGAGUUCAAUAGAGUUAUCAAGUUUCACUGUGAGAGAAUCCCAAUUGGGUUCGGGUUCGCUUCGGUCAGGGUUGGCUCUAGCGAGAACAAUGGGUUCAAAGAUGAAAUUGGCGGCGUUUUGGAGGGUGAAGGUUUGCCUUUGAAUGCUGUAGAGAACGAGAGCCCCAAAAAAGUCUUGAUUUUGAUGAGUGAUACCGGUGGUGGUCACAGAGCUUCUGCUGAGGCUAUUAAAGCUGCGUUUAAUGAGAAAUUCGGUGAUGAAUAUCAGGUGUUUGUUACUGAUUUGUGGACUGAUCAUACGCCAUGGCCUUUUAAUCAAUUGCCGAGAAGCUAUAACUUCUUGGUAAAACAUGGACCAUUGUGGAAGAUGACAUAUUAUGGAUCUGCCCCGCGUGUUAUUCAUCAAUCUAAUUUUGCUGCAACUUCAACCUUCAUAGCUCGGGAAGUUGCGAAAGGAUUGAUGAAAUACCAACCUGACAUUAUUAUUAGUGUACAUCCAUUGAUGCAACAUGUUCCGCUUCGUAUCCUGAGAGCUAAGGGCCUUUUGAAAAAGAUAGUUUUUACUACAGUAGUUACAGAUUUAAGCACUUGCCAUCCUACAUGGUUUCAUAAGCUUGUAACAAGAUGCUAUUGCCCAACAACAGAUGUGGCCAAGAGGGCUGUGAAAGCAGGACUGCAGCCCUCCCAAAUCAAAGUUUAUGGACUUCCUGUUCGACCUUCAUUUGUGAAACCUGUCCGGCCUAAGGUUGAAUUAAGGAGAGAACUAGGAAUGGAUGAGGAUCUUCCUGCUGUGUUACUGAUGGGAGGAGGGGAAGGGAUGGGUCCCAUUGAGGCUACCGCUCGGGCACUUGAGGAUGCAUUAUAUGAUGAGAAUCUUGGUGAACCAAUAGGUCAGGUUCUUGUGAUAUGUGGUCGUAACAAAAAGCUUGCCAACAAAUUGCUUUCAAUUGAUUGGAAAAUUCCCGUUCAGGUGAAAGGGUUCGUUUCUAAAAUGGAGGAAUGCAUGGGUGCUUGUGACUGCAUAAUUACAAAGGCUGGCCCAGGGACCAUUGCAGAAGCAAUGAUACGAGGCCUCCCUAUAAUUUUGAAUGAUUACAUUGCUGGGCAAGAAGUUGGCAAUGUGCCUUAUGUGGUAGAAAAUGGAUGUGGGAAAUUUUCGAAGUCUCCAAAGGAGAUUGCCAGCAUUGUUGCUCAAUGGUUUGGACCAAAAAUGGAAGAGCUCAAGGCCAUGUCACAGAAUGCAUUAAAGCUGGCAAGACCAGAUGCUGUUUUUAAGAUUGUUCAGGAUCUUCAUGAGCUGGUUAGAGAAAGAAAUUUUGUACCACGGUAUUCAUGUGUAACAUAGCUCUGUUGCCCUCUAAAAUUUUGGGUCAUAUGGGUGAACUUCCUUUCAGCCCCUCAUUCCAGUGCUUGAUCAUAUGAUUACAUGGGAAGAAAAUACUGAUUUUAUGAUGCCUCUCUUUAUUUUUUCUUUUUAACCUUUUGGUGAAAACCAACAUGCAAUUUGUUCCUUAGUAUGCUGCGAUAGGCUAAAGGAAAUAGGUGAUCUGUUCUGCAAUAUGCGUUGAAGAGUUUUUAGUUGGCCUAAUAAUGUGAUGGCCAAGGGCAUUUUUUAGGUUGUAUACAGAUUUUCUUCCAUAGUCAAAUAAGAACUUUUUCCUUGUA